GACCUACGUCAUGUUAUUUGAUGACUUCCAACCUCAGAAUCAUCUGCGCAACCUCGGUUGCCUUCCAGAAUGUAUGCUUUCCCUUCAUACUGCUCAAAGAGGAAAUUGCGCUAGUGUGUUGCGCAAAUUUGACCAAUCAACACUAAGCGCAAAUCACGCUCAUCUCGACUUCACUCCUCCCCAAUCGGUCUGCGCGCACCUCGAGCUUAUCAACAUUGUAAUACCCCAGGCUGUGACAAUCACUACUCCAUAUUGAUCUCAACAAGUCAACUUCCACUAUUAACAUCGGAUCCAUCAUCACCACAAACAUGAGCAUCGACAGCGAGGCGAGCAUAGCCCAAAUCACCGACAGGGACGAUACAAGCGAUAGCUUGUGGCAGCAUCCCAACACGCAAACGGCAAAUGAUGACGAGCAAACAAAGAAAGAUGCAUCCGGAGGCGACGGCGCUAUUGCUGCUACACCAACUCCGCCGCGCGCGCCCAACGCCACCGACGCUACGAAUGCUGAUGGCGAAGCCAAGAAGGCUGAGUUCGUCAAGCGGUUCCAGGAGAAGCUCCGUCUUCAAGUAGAAGCCGAAAAGAAGGCAAGUGAAGCUACCGAGGAAGAGAUCAAGGCCGCUGAUGUCGAGAACGACACACCUGAAAAGAGUCCUGAAAACAGCGACAUGGUCAAUGGCGCGAUUGCGACGCACAAAAAAAGGGUUGACUGUGCCAAUGGGAAAGCGAAGGAGUCCACUUCAGCAGUCAAAGCUCAGCGGAACUGCGCGGAUGAGGUUCUCGACUCUAUGAGCGACAUCGAAAAGGCUAUGUUUCAGCUUUAUGAAUACAUCAAGGUUCAGAAUGAUAGCAAGAAGCCGCUCUACAUGUGGGCUACAUUUGGUGGCUAUAGCUCGGUCAACGUUGCGCUCCUUGACCUCCACGAUAAGGCCAUCGAGUUUGAGGAAGCUCAUCGUUUACCCGUUGCCAACGCUAGGAUAUUGCUCAGCAGGGCCACCCAGAUCUCCCUAGCGGUCAGUCAGAUGGCUGUGUUCUGUAUGGGCGUGAUGGGAGAUAAGGUUACCAGCUGUAUCGACGAGGUUGAGGAGUCUGAUCUCAGCGCCGAGGGUAAAGACAAAGCCAAGGCUCUCAUCACAAAAGAGCUCAAGAAGCUUCUCAAAACUUGCGCGAAAGCAACUGAUGGAGUCUAUGUAGCGCUGGACCUGCUUCGGAGCUCACUACACGUCGAGGAAUCCUCUCAGAACCUUGAUAUCUCAAUCAUCAAGGACCUGAUUGCAGAGAGUACCCCACGCAAGAGCUGGUUGCGGAGUGUGACCGAGGUCGUUCUUAAAACAGUUAUGGGUGCUGCUGUCAGUAUCGCGGCGGUGCAGUUUUACAGCACUAGCAGUUUUGACCUGGCAUUGCAGACCAACCCUUUCGGCACGUACUCUCAAGUCAUUACCCUCGUCCAGCGUGCCCAAGCUGUGACCAACCUUACAGGCGAGAUCUAUUCCAUCAAGCUUGAGGAUUUGGAUCAGCGUUACAAGGAACUCGAAGCCGCCUCUGAAUCACAUGGUCUCCGAAUUGACAACCUAGUUGAAGCACUUGGUGUUCCUAACGCAGAAGGUACCUAUUAUUCGUCAAUGCCAAAAUCCGACUGCGAAGCUCCUAGCAGUAUCCAGAAGAUCUCUGCAGAAGCCGAUCGCCAGAUUCAACGACUGCGUAGCGAGCUGGCGGCUAUGCGCAAGAACAUCCAUCGCAUGGACAUUCGCCUCAUGAAGCGUCUCGAUAAGGUCGACCGUCAUGAUUCGUAGGAAGAUAUGAGUGAUUCCGAUUCUAGCUCAUGGUAGUAUAAUCCAAAACUGCUGCCAGACCAAGACUCUCGGAUGGGAGCAAAGAGCUAUACUGCGCUUGGCUAUUCCAGGAGCGCAUAAUCUCGACAUGA